GACACACACACAGAAGGCUCUUUUCUCGGUGCCUGCACUUAUGCCUGGUGCGGCUCCUCCUCAGCCGUCCUGCCGAGCUGCUGCCGCCCGCUGCCCGCGCUGCCCCGGAGGAGCUGCAGCUCAGCCCCACGCCGGGACCCCGCAGCCGGGGAGCCCCCGAGGAUCCCCCCGCUGCACCGAGGGGCCCCCGGCACGGAGCAAGGGCAGAGCAUGGCCCCAGCCCUCCCCCUGCUGCUGCUGCUCUGGCUCUUUGUCCCCACCGCGGUCCCAGAGGUGUUUGGCCCCGGAGAUGGCACAGAGGACCUCAAGGCUCUGCAGGUCUCCAUCCCACGGCAGCCAGCCCUGGAGGCCGUGCUGGCAGGCGACAUCACCAUCCCCUGCCUCAUCACCUACCUCGGCCCCAAGCCCACGCCCGGCACGGGCCGGCGCGCCGUGCUGGGAACGCCCCGGGUCAAAUGGACCUUCAUCUCUGAGGGCAGGGAGCUGGAGAUCCUGGUAGCCCGCGGCGACAGGGUGAAGGUGAGCGAGGAUUACCGGCUGCGAGCCUCGCUGCCCAUCUUCCACCAGCGCUACACCAACGCCUCGCUGCUGCUGACCGAGCUGCGCCCCAACGACUCGGGCAUCUACCGCUGCGACGUGCAGCACGGCAUCGAGGACGGGCACGACAUCCUGCGCCUCAAAGUCAAGGGAGUGGUGUUUCACUACCGGGAGGGCUCCAUGCGCUACGCCUACACCUUCGCCGAGGCGCAGGAGGCUUGUGCCCGCAUCGGCGCCAGCAUCGCCACCCCCGAGCAGCUCUACGCCGCCUACCUGGGCGGCUACGAGCAGUGCGACGCCGGCUGGAUCGCCGACCAGACCGUCAGGUACCCCAUCCAGACACCUCGAGAGGCCUGUUAUGGAGACAUGAACGGCUUCCCUGGGGUGAGGAACUACGGAGUGGUGGACCCGGAGGACAUGUACGAUGUGUACUGCUACGCUGAGGACCUCCCAGGGGAGAUCUUUCUGGAGACGGCGCCGGGCCGGUUCACGCUGGAGGAGGCGGCGCAGCGCUGCCGGGCGCUGGGCGCGGCGCUGGCCAGCCCGGGCCAGCUGUACGCAGCCUGGAACGCGGGGCUGGACGCCUGCAGCCCCGGCUGGCUGGCGGACGGCAGCGUCCGCUACCCCAUCGUCACCCCCCGCGAGCGCUGCGGAGGGGCUCUGCCGGGCGUCAAAACCAUCUUCCUCUUCCGAAACCAGACGGGGUUCCCCGACGCGCAGAGCAGAUACGAUGCGUACUGUUUCCGAGAAGGGACAAACUCUUUCCCUGAGGCUGCAGGAAAAUACCAAGCCCAAGAGGCCGAGGAGAAUCUCCUCCAGGAGAUUGUCACAGUGGCAGAAAAGCUGGAGGAGCUGCAGCUGCCCCGAGCGCACGUGGAGAUUGAGUCGCGAGGGGCCAUUUACGCCGUCCCCCUCCUUGAGGACACUGAGCUGGGAAGGCCAAGCCAGUCCCCUGGAGAUGCACUGGGGCCAGGGGCCUGGCACCCCCCACUAGCUACCUCUGUGUCCUCAGAGGAGGAGCGGGGAGCAGCGCCGGGCAGGGGCUCCGGCAGCGCAGCACCAGAGACCCCGCGCGGAGGGCGAGCCCCCGGCCAGCCCACGGAGCCAGAGGGAGCCACCGCUGCCCCCGCAGGUGACACGGAGCCUCCUGAGGGCUUCCCUCGGCCGCCCACACCCAACCCCGCUCGCCCUGCCAGCCCCGGGCCACCUGGGCGACGCGCGACAUCGCCACCGACUUCUGCCACCUCGACAGAGAGCCGAGAGCCCGGCGGGCACAGCGGGGCCAGCGCCGCCCCGUCUGCCGCUGAAGACGCCGAGCUCUCCGGAGAUGUGGUGGAAAUCCCCGCGGCGUCGCCGCUGCCCCCGGCGGAGGAGGGAGAGGAGCAGUCGGGAGCCGUGUGGCUCCCCUCGCCCGCGGCCCCUGGGGACAGGGGCGCUGUCCCCGCAGUCACACCGUGGCCCGGCAGCAGCAGCGCUCCGCCGCUGAGAGCAGAGGGCGCUGAGGAGGAGGAGGAGGAGGAAGAAGAGCAGCCCGCCCCCUCCAUCGCAACCCUGGAGGGUUUCAUUCCUGGAGAAGCAGGUGGCUGUGUCCCCAACCCCUGCCUGAACGGAGGGACCUGCCUGGAGGACGCUGCCCAGCUCACCUGCCUGUGCCUGCCUGGCUACGGAGGCAGCAGCUGUGAGACACCCCUGCGGCGCUGCAGCCCGGGCUGGCGCAGCUUCCAGGGCUCCUGCUACCGGCACUUCUCGGCGCGGCGGAGCUGGGAGCAGGCGGAGAGCCAGUGCCGGCAGCUCGGGGGGCACCUGGCGGCCAUCCUGAGCCCCGAGGAGCAGCAGUUCAUCAACGACCAGUACCGGGAGUACCAGUGGAUCGGCCUGAACGACCGCACCAUCGAGGGGGAUUUCCAGUGGUCUGACGGGAGCCCCCUGCUCUAUGAGAACUGGCACCCCGGGCAGCCUGACAGCUAUUUCCUCUCGGGGGAGAACUGCGUGGUCAUCGUGUGGCACGAUGGGGGCCGGUGGAGCGACGUGCCCUGCAACUACCACCUGUCCUACACCUGCAAAAUGGGGCUGGUGCAGUGCGGGCCGCCCCCCGCCCUCAGCAACGCCCGCGCCUUGGGCAAAGCCAAGCAGCGCUACGAGAUCGGCUCCACGGCGCGCUACCAGUGCCGCCCCGGCUUCUCGCCGCGCCGCUCGCCCCUGGCGCGCUGCCGGGAGGAUGGCACCUGGGAGCUGCCCCGGCUGGCGUGUCGCCCUGGUUUGGCUCAGCCUCCCCAUCACUGAGUGGGAGCUGCCACCGCCCGCCGGAGCUCUGGAGCUGAUGUGGGUGAAACCUCACUGCUGGGAGUCUGUCCCCUCCUCUGUUUUAUAUCUGUACAAAAAGUCCUGAUAAUUAAA